AACUGGAACUCGCACGUGGAGUACAGACGAGGCGCAAACAGUUUCAAACAGGGAGUGUUCGGUGGAUGGGAAGUGGAUCGGUGGAUGUUUCAUGUGUCGGAGAAUAGAAUUAUGACCACCCUCGUCAAGCAACUCCAACUGCUGCUCCUGACAACGCUCUUCCAAGAGCAUCAAUCGCUCCUAGGCGGUAUAAUCAACUACGGCCCUACGGAAGAAUCUCUAAACAGGGUCGAUCCGAACGGACAAAAUUACGACUUUAUCAUAGUGGGCGCAGGAUCGGCCGGAUCGGUACUGGCCAAUCGCCUCUCGGAGAACGAACGGUGGAAGGUGCUCCUACUCGAAGCUGGAGGGACCGAGACCUCGUUGCAGCAGAUACCCAUUCUAUGCGGCUACUUUCAACUGCUCUCUCGGUUCAACUGGGGCUACAAGGUGGAGCCCCAGGAAAAUGCGUGUCUCAGUAUGAUCGAUCGUCGGUGCUCGUGGCCGCGGGGGAAAACUCUCGGUGGUACGAGCACCAUUAAUUACAUGAUCCAUACGAGAGGAGUCAAGGCUGAUUAUGAUAACUGGGCCGCGCUUGGGAACGAGGGCUGGUCCUACGACGAGGUUCUUCCUUACUUCAAGAAGAGCGAGAAGUUCAAUAUUCCAGGCUUGCACAACACGUCGUAUCACGGCUACAAAGGGCACUUGUGCGUGGAACAGGUGCCCUACCACACGGAUCUGGCCAAAGCGUGGCUGAAAGCCGGACGAGAGCUCGGCUACAACAUCAUCGACUACAACGGCGACGAAGAGAUCGGCUUCUCCUACCUGCAGCUGAACAUGGACAGAGGGACCAGGUGCAGCGCCUCGAAAGCCUACCUUCGCAUCGACCGACGAAAUCUGAACAUAGUGACGAACGCGAGGGUCGUCAAGCUCCUCGUCGACGAGGGCACGCGGCGAGCUUACGGCGUCGAGUAUGUGAAACACGGGCAACGCAACAGGGUGUACUGCGCCAAGGAGGUGAUCCUCUCGGCGGGUACCAUCGACUCGGCGAAACUGUUGAUGCUGUCGGGGAUAGGGCCCGAGGAGCACUUGCGAGAGUUGGGGAUAAAGGUGAUCCGAAACUCGAAGGUCGGCUACAACAUGUACGAGCACAUAGGCUUCUUGGGCCUGACGUUCGUGGUGAACGAGACGGUGUCGUUGCUGCAGAGCAGAGUGACACGUCCCACCGUGGCUCUGGAGUAUCUGCUGAAAAGAAGCGGCAUGAUGACGAUCCCGGGUGGAGCCGAAGCGGUGGCAUUCCUCAGGACCAAGUACGCCACCGACAGCAGAGCGGACGUGGAAUUGUUGUUCGCGUCUGGAGGACUGAGCUCUGACGGUGGUCUGCCACUGAAGAAAGCCCUGAGAAUAACCGACGAGCUGUACGACACCGUGUACAAGCCGAUUGAGGAGAAGGACGUCUGGACAGUUUGGCCUAUCGUUCAAUAUCCGAGGAGCGUUGGGAGGCUCACGCUGAGGUCCAAGGACCCAUUCGCACCGCCUCGAAUGGACCCGAACUUCUACUCGCAUCCGUACGACUUGGAACUGGUGUUGGAAGGGCUGAAACUGGCUGUGAAUAUAUCGAGGACCGAAUCGUUCCAGAGGUACGAUAGCAAGCUCCACGACGUCAAGUUCCCGGGCUGUGCGAGCCACCAGUUCGCCACGGACGAUUAUUGGAGGUGCGCUAUCAAGCACCUGCCCUCGAUGAUGAAUCACGAGAUCGGCACGUGUAAAAUGGGGCCCGAGAGCGAUCCCGGCGCUGUCGUCGAUCCGAGAUUGAGAGUACAUGGCGUGAGAAGGUUGAGGGUGGUUGAUGCCUCGGUGAUGCCCGUUAUGCCCAGAGGACACGUAAACGCAGGGAUUUUUAUGAUCGGGGAGAAAGCGGCCGACAUGAUCAAGGAAGAUUGGAAGUGAUUGGUCGUGAGGAUUAGAUUGAACCUUGAGAGACGAGUUUCGUAUGGAUUGGUGAUUUUCGUGGACUCGAUGGACAUUUUUCAGUGUGUGUUUUUCUUUUUCUUUUUUUUUUUUUUAAUGUAUUUAAUGUAGUAUCGUUGAUUGAACGAAUUAUUACGCGAGAGUGGAAAAUAAUUCGUUUUAUCGAAUUCCUCGAAGUUUUCUCCAGAUUUUCAUCUCUGAUCUUAAUUAAUAAUUCUAAUUAAUAAUAUAACUGAUGUGAAUAGAAAUAUUAAUUUCACUUGUUUUGUUAAUAAGUGUUUUAUGAGAUUCUACGUGCGUAUUAAUGAUAAAUAUUAUAAAUAUAUUAUAUCAGUACACAUUUAUUUGAAGCUCAUCAAAAUCAACUACAUAUAUUCUAUUUAAAAUAAUCACCAAGAAAAGAAAGAUUGGCAAAAAAAUAAAAGAUUACUGAGAUAAAAUUGUUAAACAACUUUGAACGAUUCGUAUCUCUAUUCGUUUGUAAUAAAACAACGUCAACGCAACGAUGACUGAAUGUAAUUUUUCAUUUUAAUGCACAAUGCAACAUCAUCGUGCGGAAUAGUAAUUUUGCUUCAUUUGUUAGGUAGAAGAUAAAUGGUUUGCGUGCACAACGCGUGGUCGCGCAACAAUCAGGUGACCCACAUCGUUGUUCAUUCUAGUAAAAGCAAACUUUAUGUACAAAAGCAUAGACUACAGAUUAAUCAAUGAUGGCAUAAAUAUGAAGGAUGAAUCAUACUUCUUUCCAUGUACAUACGUAUGCAAUAAUCUAUUGUAUAUUAUUUUAUACGUAUGUUUAAUGUAUACACAAGAUAUAUAUGAAGUA